UUGUUUUCAAGUGGUCACCUCCAGGAAAGCUCCCAGCAAGAGCCAGUGGUUCUUGACUGAGAAGAAGACAUGGUAUAAAAGAGUCAAAGGGACUGGACAAAGAGCAAGAGAGAGCCACAGCUUACCUACAGUAAGAUUUUCACAAAACAGAGGAAAACCAGCUUUGCAGAAACCGCCUUCAUCACUGGCCUGUGUUUUCUAAUAAGAGAAGUCAGCAUGACACCGGUGAUGAAUUAUUGGAUGUGUUUGACCGUUCUAUCAUUGACAGUGACCUCGAGCCAAUCUUUGAUAAGAAUCGGCCUGCAGAAGAUGCCGUCUAUCAGGGAGACACUGAGAGAGAUGGGUGUUUCUGCAGAGCAGGUGUUGACUGAGCUGGCCCAGAUGAGCACAGACGACCCCAACAAUGGCACAGUUCCCACACCUCUGACCAACUACUUGGACACCCAGUACUUCGGGGAAAUCAGCAUCGGCUCACCGGCUCAGCAGUUCAACGUCGUGUUUGACACCGGAUCUGCCAACUUGUGGAUUCCCUCACAGAGCUGCUCACCUUUCUCCACUGCCUGUUUUACUCACAACAGGUAUGAUGCCACCAAAUCCCACACCCAUGUUGACAAUGGCACCGGAUUUUCCAUCCAGUAUGCCUCUGGAAACGUCAGGGGGUUUCUGAGUGAGGAUGUGGUCGUGGUUGGAGGUAUUCCAGUGGUGCAGGUGUUUGCUGAAGCCACCUCUCUGUCUGCCAUGCCCUUCAUCUUUGCAAAGUUUGAUGGGGUCCUGGGGAUGGGUUACCCGAACGUGGCCAUUGACGGUAUCACACCAGUGUUUGACCGCAUCAUGUCUCAGCAUGUCCUUAAGGAAGAGGUGUUCUCAGUCUACUACAGCAGGGACCCUAAACACUCCCCAGGUGGAGAGCUGGUCCUCGGUGGCACUGAUCCAAACUAUUACACUGGAGGCUUUAACUAUAUGGACACCAGAGAGACGGGCAAGUGGGAAGUUACCAUGAAAGGUGUUUCUGUCGGGGUGGAGAUGAUGUUUUGUGCUGAGGGCUGCACAGCUGUGAUCGACACAGGCUCCUCCUACAUCACAGGCCCGGCCUCCUCUGUGUCUGUACUGAUGAAAACCAUUGGAGCACAGCUGGAUGAAAGCGGAUACAAAGUCAACUGUGACACUGUCAAGACGCUGCCCACUGUCACAUUCCACCUGGGUGGUCAGGAGUACUCGCUGACUCAGGAAGAUUAUAUCUUAUGGCAAACACAGAUGGAGGGGGAUGUUUGCACCGUCACCUUCAGGGGCUUGGAUGUGCCGCCCCCUACAGGUCCCAUCUGGAUUUUGGGAGCCAACUUCAUUGCCCGCUACUACACAGAGUUUGACCGUCACAAUAAUCGGAUAGGGUUCGCUACAGCAGUGUGACAGGAAUUUUAAAAAUCUGCCUUGUUGUUCUGUUUUCUUUGUUUCUCCAUCUUUGCUGCUAUCUCUUCAAUGCCUCACCCAGGAGCGUGUCCAGAGGAGCAGCUUAGGGUGGCAUUGUCCCCCCUUGGCCAUCCAAAAUCCUAAAUUAUGAUUGGCUGUUUGCCUUGUCAGAGAUAUUAUUUGUGUUAAAAUCAAUUCGUAUUGCACCAGGCUGCUAGUACCGUUCCAUAAACUUUGACUUAGGACAAAAUGUUUUCAUGUUUUUAACACUUUAAAAGUUUGCAUUAGAAGACUUAAUUAUUGCCUCUCUGCUGUGUUAAAUUUUAGAGUAAAAAUAUAACACACAGGAGACAACAUAUGGGUGAUAAUUUAACUUUGUAGCAAAAGCACAUUUGAUGAGGACAGACAAACAAUGGUGAAUAAAUGCUAUUCAUUCUAGUGUGUGCAAACACCCCAUCAGGGCCACCCCACUCUAAAAGUCUGGACACGCCCCUGGUCUGACCCUCCCUUUAGUUGCUUCGUAUGAUCAGUCAUGAUCAAACACCAUCUGUUCUUCAAGAAGUGAAACAUGAGAGCUCAUUAAGGAAAUACCAUCUCCUAUUUUCUUUUAGCAAAUUGGACUUCUCUGUUAUAUAUUUUGUACCAGUUGCACUGAAUACCUUCGAAACUGUUUUUUAUUUAUAAACAUUUCUGAGCAAUGAAAUGUGUCUUUGUGUUACUGCUGAUAAUAUUCAACAGCACAGUGGAAACCUGCAUUGUUUUGAUGUAAUGACAAUAAAGUUGUUUUACUGCAGGGGUUUA